AUGCUGAUGGGACAGCAAUCUGGAUUUACAAAGUACCCAUGUUUCAAGUGCUUGUGGGAUAGCAGAGAUCGUAAAAACCAUUACACCGACCAUAAGUGGACUGAGAGAAAUUCUUUAGAAGCUGGACAUCAUAAUGUUAUUAACAGUCCAUUAGUAGACCCUAAAAAAGUUUUACUACCUCCUUUACAUAUUAAAUUGGGCAUUAUGAAACAAUUUGUAAAAGCUUUGAGCGAGAGCGAUGAAUAUGAGUUCCCGAAAAACUGUGGUGAUUUUAGCGACGAGCAGGGAGAACGAUUCCAUCAUGACAUCAAACAUAUGGAGCAGCGAUAUCAAGGUAGAUGGGAUGUGGCAAUGAUGGCUGAUUACUGCUGGAUGUUGAAGAGAAAGAGAGUGAACAUAAAGGACUAA